CAAAUACACAAGCCCGCCGGACUGAGCCACUGCCACGGCCCAGGGACGUCCGCGAUCUGCGUAUUCGCUACGUGAGCACCGCAUACCACGCCUUUGGUUUGGCCAAUCCGACUCGAUGGUGGGCUCGAAGCGCAGGGCGCAUAACAAAAGUCGCCUCGGUUGUCAGAACUGCAAGUCACGUAAGAUCAAGUGCGACGAGGCGCGACCAUCAUGCUCGAACUGCAAGCGACGAGAGGUCACUUGUGACUUCACGAUACGCGGCACCCCGCAGCCCAGCCUAUCCGCGUCCGGGCUCAAUAUGACUGAUCUGGAGCUGCUGCAUAACUACACAACCACCACGUACUUGACUCUGGCGGCCGAUUUAACCAUGCGCGAGUUCUACCGUACUACGAUAGUGCAGAUCGGAUUCGACUGCGAUUAUCUAAUGAGGGCCAUCCUCGCGGUGUCAAGCCUCCACCUGGCACACCACCGCCGCGAGAAGCAAGACCACUAUCAGGCCCAGGCCAUCGUGCACCAGCAGACGGCCUCUGAGGCCGCCAUGCCGUUGCUGUCCAAUGCGGACUCAGGCUCUGCGCGGAAGCUCUUCCUGUUCACCAUCAUGACAAACUACUACGCACUCGGCUGGCCGCGGACCCCUAGUGAUAGGCUCUUCCUAGGCACGUCCGGGUUUCCAGAGUGGAUAUACUUCCUGCGCGGGACAAAGAGCCUCAUCGAGCUCGCAGGCGUCCCUGAGAGCGGGCCGCUGCAGCCGCUCUUCGCCCACUCGAUCGACCGGUACGUGCUACGCGAAGGGCCCGCGGCGUCGACGUCGCCGGCGCACGCGGCCCUCGGGGAGCUCGGCGCCAUCAUCGCCUCGCGGCCUCGCGUUGCGGCCAACGAGUACCUCGCGCGGACCUACGCCACGGCCAUCGCGGAGCUCAAGAAGUCGUUCGGCCAGGCCGAGCUCGCGCGCAGCAGCAACAACAUCUGCGCCGCCGGGCCGUACGAGAUGACGGACGCCUUCAUCUGGGUAUAUAUUGUGGCCGAGGACCUGCUGCCGCUGCUGCGCGUGCCCGAGCGCGAGGCCGUCGCCGUGUUCGCCUACUUCUGCGUGCUGCUCGGGCGGCUCGAGGGCCACUGGUGGAUGCAGGGCUGGGGCCUGCAGCUCAUGGCGCAGGCGUACGAGAUCCUGGACGAGGAGGCCCGGCUGUGGAUCAGCUGGGCCAUGGACGAGAUGGGCUUCGUCCCGCCGUCGGCGCUCGACCGCAUGUAGAGGACAGCGGAAAUCGGCCUUCUCAAGCACGCGUCCGAGUCUGUACUGAACCGCCAUCAUCAUGUUCCGAUCCUCAACGAGGGGUCAUACUACGUAACCGCAGGAAAUCACUCAUGACAAAUGACCCAUAAGCUCAGCUUGGUGGUGGCGCUGCUACCUCACGUAUUCGCACAAGUUUGCCCAGAGGUAUUGUUUGGACAUGUUCGCAGCUCGAUCACGAACAAUCUCAACAACACGAGAGUCUACGUAGCGGC